AUGAUCAAUUCCACUUUCACACUUGUGAAAAUGGUCUUGGAGAAGUUGGGGCCCAAGGUCAAAGAGCUGUCACCGAACGCCUGUCCCCUUUACCUGCGGUCCGAGCCGCUCCGCUUGGCGUUCCCGGGGGACUCGCCGGAGGGGCUGCUGCCGGGCCCUCAGCGAGCUAGCUCCCAAGACCCCCGCCGGCUCGCCCCGGGACCGAAGGAGGGGUGCCCCGAGGAGGGGCGCGCCAGGUGCUUUCUGCCCGGGACGCCAACUUCCCGGAGAGGCGUGCAGGCCCCGCCGCUGUGCUCGGGUGGAGCGCAGACAAUGACGAACCGAACCCGCCGCGCCGACGCCGCAUCCAAGCGGGACGCACCGUCUCUGCACGCGGGGCAGGGGCGCCCGGGGGCGGGGCGUCUCCUCCGGUGCGAGCGCCGGGAAGGAAGGGGGUUCCAGCGACGAGGAAACCACGCCGGCUGGACUCACGGCUCGGAGCGCGCGGCGGGAUCCGGCCCGGGCCAGGGGGCGCUGCUAAGCCCGGGGAGGGCGCACGGGCGGGAGCCACGUGGGACACCUGUGUUCCGUACCGAGGGAAGGCGGGGGGCGCGGCGCCGGCCGACCCCGUUAGGGCCGCUCUCCCGAGCGCGGUGCAUCGCGUUGCUGGAAAGCCAGCCCGCAGCCGCCCCUCGCGUUUUUAAGCAACGCGUUGGCCAAGGUCGGGAGACAAACAAAGGUACUUACUUCUGCUCUGGUCUCCCAGCCCCCGAGCGGUGCUUCAGGGAGCGCUGUGCCAUCCGCCUUGGACUCCGCAGGAUUUUAUUGCUUCGACCCUUGCGAAAAUGUUGA